AUGAACAAUUCAGAGUGCAUGCUUCCUGGCAACUAAAGCCAUUGAUCGUAUGAUCUCGGGAAAGGACAGCCUGCCGCUCAUGACGAUGCUUACAUAUUAGGUACUAAUCAACAGACGUGUUGGCAGAUGAAGAGGAGGGAGGCAUUCGCCCACUCGCAAGUGGAAUCGAAAGAGAGAUCGUGAGAAUCUCUGGCGGAUGGAAAUGAAGAGAUCCCAGGAGAAAAGGAGCCCAACCUCUCUCUUCUUUGGUGAUAUUGUGAUAUCCAAGAAAAUCGACGCAGCCCAUCAUUGUGGGCUGCAAGGCCCAAAAUCAGUACUUUUUCCAUGCCCAGUGAGAGAGCCCAAAAGAGCGGGCGGGGCUGAUCCACAGUCAGUGGAGGAGGUGCCGCCGCCGCCGCCGCCGCGGCGGUCAUGGUGGACCAGUUUACUUCAGCCAAACUACCCCCGGGGUCGAUUAAUAAAUGAAACUUUAUUAAUGGGGCCCCACCAACCCCAUGGGCAUUUAAGCGCCACACCCAAUUCCCCUCCCCCCCCUCCCCCCCAGUGCGCCGUAUCCCCGGUGGAUUGGUCGCCCAUCCCCAUGUGGGCGACCGAAACACAGAGGCUAUAAAAUGUAUAUUAAUGGAAGAAGAUGGCCGACGUCGCGUUCACUCAAGAUGGACGGCCGAGAUUAAAAACACGGAAAUGAGAAGAAAGAAGACGGAGACGACGAACACGGCGGCGACGGCAGCCACCCCCCUCCUCGCCUCGCCAACACGACUGACGUGGGAAGGGGGGCACCAGAGGAGAAAAAACAGGGGCGAGAACGACCGGCGGGAGGGAGGGUGGGGGCGGAGAACGAGUUUCGAAAAAAAACGGGCAGUUUUCUACUGA